AUGGAAGACUUACAAAUGAGUGACGGAACCCGGGAGAUGACAGGUUCAGACACGGAAACAGAGGAGACACAAUGGAGAAAAACUAUCCAAGUUGCUACUGUAGGCUUGAGUAAGGCACGUGAAGCAUUAAAAGCGACACAGGAAUCAGAUGUACAGGAAGAAUCUUCGGUGGAGGAAAUAAAGGAAUGGGUUUUUCGACUUUCUGAAAGAAUUGGCGUGCUUGCAUUAAAAUCGGGAAACACAAAACCAAAGUAUGUAAAGGAAAUGAAAGCAGCAGCGAGGGAUAUCAAAGAAUUAGCUACAUAUCUUCCUCUACAAAAUCAAUCGGAGGAAGUUAUUCGCCUAAAAGCGAAGUAUACUGGGGUAAAGAUGCGCUUGGAGGAAUCAAAGAAAGAGAUAGAGGUACUUAAGAAGGAGCUUCUAGCCCGGUCUGAUAAUGGUGCUGAAGGGCUAACGGAGGUUUUAAAAUCAUUUGGGAAAGAUCUGAAAAGCGAAAUUAUGCAUUCAACUGAGGAACUUUUGAAGAAAAAAUUGGCGAAUAUAGAAAAUAGGCUUUUACCUAAACAGUUAAAGUCGAAGUCGGACCAAACAGUAGUUGAUCAAUCGAUAAAGACGUUGGAUCUACAGACCUCACCGGAGGGAACUACACGCCCAGGUUGUUGGGCUAGUGUUGUUUCGAGGAAAGUAAAUAAAAAGAAAGUGCAACAUGAGGCGAUCCCACCCAAAGGAGGGGCAUUGCUCACUGUACCCCGGUCAGCAGCAGUACUAGUGACAUUAGAAAAGGAAGCUGAGGAAAAUGGUGUUACAUAUGCUGAGGUUAUUAAGAAAGCAAGGAAGAGUGUAGCUUUACCUGAGUUAGGCAUAAGUCACAUAAACAUCAGGCGGGCAGCUGCAGGUGGGCGUCUUAUUGAAAUAGAAGGCGAGGCAUAUAAAGAAAAGGCAGAUUUACUCGCCAGUAAAUUAAAAGCUGCGCUUCUUACAAUGGCGAGAGUUAGUAGGCCAGAAAAAAUGGUGUGUCUCAGGGUUAAAGGCCUUGACGAUGCAGUUACUGCCGAGGACGUAAUUGCUGCCCUGUCGAAAAAGGCAAACUGCGCAGCAGAUUUAAUAAGGUGUAAAGACAUUGAAAGGCGAUACAGAAUAAGAAGUGUGCUUGUUCAUUGCCCAGUUGCAAUAGCAAAAAUAAUUCUUGAAGGAGAGUGCAUAAUAGGAUGGAGUUUGGUGGAGGUAGUUCUUUUAAAAGUACCCCCAUUGCGCUGUUAUAAAUGUUUGGAAUUAGGACACACACGUUCGUCAUGUACAUCCACGGAGGACCGUAGCAAUGUGUGCUAUAGGUGCGGAAAAGCUGGACACAAAUCUGUCAGAUGUGACGAAGCACCACAUUGUGUUAUAUGUGCAAGCGAGAACAUGGUGGCGAAUCACGUGUUAGGUGCAAGAAAUUGCAACCCUACUGCAAAGACUUCUCAGAACAACGCUGUUAACUCAUGCUCAUACAGUGAUGUUGAACGUUGUGACGAUAAGAAGGCUCUACCAGAAGGCUUUACAAGAAGGCAGGCAGACAGACACUUAGGAAGUAAGCAAAGUAAGUAA